AAGAGACUGGCCGUUACUCUGAGGUUGCACCAUUUAAUGAAAUAGUAAUAAUAGAGUUUUCGAUCUAAAUCUCAUAUAUCUCAAACCUUUUUCUUCCUUCUCUAAGACCCUCUUCUCUAAAUCUCUUGUUCUUCAUAGAGGUUUGGUGAAAAUGGGUGUUGAAGUAUUGAAUAAGAAGAUAUCUGCAUCUUCAGCCAGAGCUCACACCAGAAAAGCCAAGCAAAACGGUUCACUUCAACUACCCCGAGAAAUGUUCAAGAAAUUACUAGCUUUGUUCUUUGUGGGAAUUGUAUCAUAUGCAUAUCGAGCAAUCCAACCACCUCCAUCAAAGCUAUGUGGCUCUCCAGGAGGUCCUCCUAUUACAGCACCAAGAAUAAAGCUCAAAGAUGGAAGAAAUUUGGCCUACAAAGAGCUUGGUGUGCCAAAAGAAACUGCCAAGUAUAAGAUUGUCUCUAUCCAUGGUUUUGAUUCUUGCAGGCACGACAGUUUUGCUAAAUUCUUGUCCCCGGAUCUUGUUCAAGAACUAGGUGUGUACGUCGUGUCUUUCGAUAGGCCUGGUUAUGGAGAGAGCGAUCCUAAUCCGCAGCGCACAGUGAAGUGCAUAGCUUUAGAUAUAGAAGAGCUUGCUGAUAAGUUGGGACUAGGCACCAAGUUCUAUGUAGUUGGAUAUUCAAUGGGGGGACAGGCCAUUUGGAGUGUCCUUAAAUACAUUCCUCAUAGGUUAGCAGGUGCAGUACUUAUAGCUCCUGUUGCAAACUAUUGGUGGACUGGUUUUCCUUCUAAUUUAUCCAAAGAAGCUUUUGACCUUCAACUUCUGAAUGACAAGUGGGCAGUAAGUGUGGCUCACCAUGCUCCAUGGCUCAUAUACUGGUGGAACUCUCAAAAAUGGUUCCCCUCUUCCAGUGCCAUAGCACACAAUCCUGAUAUUUUCUCAGCCAAGGACAGAGAACUUGUCAUGAAACCACACUGGCAAUCGAGAAAGGAAUACGCGGCAUGCAUAAGGCAGCAGGGAGUGCACGAGAGCCUCAACCGGGACAUGAUUUUGGGAUUCGGGAAGUGGGAGUUUAGUCCUCUGGAUUUGGAAAAUCCAUUUCCAAACAAUGAAGGGUCUGUUCAUCUGUGGCAUGGAGAUGAUGACCAGCUUGUGCCUGUUUUGCCUCAACGCUACAUUGUCCAACAACUCCCCUGGAUUCGCUACCAUGAGAUGCCUGGUGAUGGCCACUUAUUACAUGAAGCUGAAGGGAUUGCUGAUACUAUUCUUAAGGAACUUGUUUUGCAAAAGAAUUGAGCUUGAUUUUGAAUCUUAGAACAGAUAUGAUAGCAUUAUGAGUUGGCUUUUAUAACUUGGUCAAGUUUUAUAUAAAAAUAUUCAAAUCAAUUCCGAGAGAAAGUUGGACUUGAAAUGAAAAUGAUGAGGUUCUUGUUUUUUCUUUU